AUGCUGCGAACCUCCCAGCUUCGCAAGGCUAGUGGUAUUGUGUACCCCAACUCAUAUGCCUCGGCGGAACGGGCAGAAAAGGAUGGCAAAGCUUAUGCCUUUAAUUGCGCCCAGCGUGCUCACGCAAACUUUACCGAGAAUCACACGUCAUUCCUCGGCGCCCUCCUUAUUAGUGGCCUGCGUUUUCCUAUGGCGGCAGCUGCCGUAGGUGCUGCUUGGACCGUGUUUCGCAUUCUGUAUCUCUUCGGAUAUACCAGCCAGGCCGGCCCCCGGGGUCGAACAACUGGUGCCCUGGGUUCUAUCUUGGCAGAUCUUAUUCUGAAGUUCAUGGCUGCUUACACGUCUGCUAAGCUCGUGUUUGGAAACUGA